CUAGCUAACUUUCUCUCAUCAUCACUCAAAAACUAAACAAUACUUACUUCCUUCUAUCAACACACACACAUCAUGUCUACUCACUUCUCCACCCACUUCCACCUUCCCUCUUCCCCUUCUUCUAAUAAUUACCAUUUCUCUUUUCCAUCUAAUUUCUCUUCCUCUUCUUCUCUCUUCCUUCAACUCUUCUCCAAAUCCUCUCUAGGUGCUGUGUCCUUAGUUGCUAAAGACAAACAAGAGAAAAGAUGCAGAGCUAUAUCCAAAUCAAGGACUCAAGAAUAUCAAGAUGUAUUUCAAACUAAUGUAGCAACUUUGAAGUUGAGUGAAAUUAAUGUAGAGGAUGACAUAGUCAUUGAUGAUGAGAAGGAAAAGGAAGACCAAGAUAUUAAUAGGGUUGGUUUAGUGAACAAAAUCAAAUCAAUAUUGAAUUCAAUGGAAGAUGGAGAGAUAACUAUAUCUGCUUAUGAUACUGCUUGGGUUGCUCUUGUUGAAGAUGUUCAUAAUAGUGGUACUCCUCAAUUUCCCUCAAGUCUAGAAUGGAUUUCUAAAAAUCAACUUCAAGAUGGUUCAUGGGGUGAUAGUCAAUUGUUUUCUGCUCAUGAUCGAAUCAUUAACACAUUGGCUUGUGUUAUUGCUUUAAGAUCGUGGAAUAUGCACCCCGAAAAGUGCGAGAAAGGUAUGGCUUUUUUUAGAGAGAACCUUGGCAAGCUUGGAAAUGAGAAUGAAGAGCACAUGCCAAUAGGAUUUGAAGUUGCUUUUCCUUCACUUCUCGAUAGAGCUCGAAGAUUGAACAUUGAUGUGCCAAAUGAUUCUCCAAUAUUGAAAAACAUUUUUGCAAAGAGAGAUGAAAAACUCAAAAGAAUACCAAGAGAGAUAAUGCAUAAAGUGCCUACAACUUUGCUCCAUAGCUUGGAAGGGAUGUUAGGCUUGGAUUGGAAACAACUUCUAAAACUACAAUCUCAAGAUGGAUCAUUUUUAUUUUCUCCAUCUUCCACUGCCUUUGCACUAAUGCAAACUAAAGAUGAAAAUUGCCUCAAAUACUUGAAUAAUGCUGUCAACAAGUUCAAUGGGGGAGUUCCAAAUGUGUAUCCGGUGGAUUUGUUUGAACAUAUUUGGUUGGUUGAUCGGCUCGAACGCCUUGGGAUAUCUCGUUAUUUUCAACAAGAGAUCAAAGAAUGUAUGAAUUAUGUUUCAAGAUAUUGGACUGAAAAGGGCAUUUGUUGGGCAAGAAAUUCAAAUGUUCAAGAUAUUGACGACACAGCAAUGGCUUUCAGGUUACUAAGAUUGCAUGGCUACCAAGUUUCAGCUGAUGUGUUUAAGCACUUUGAGAGAAAUGGUGAAUUCUUCUGCUUUGCUGGUCAAUGCACACAAGCUGUGACAGGAAUGUAUAAUCUAUAUAGAGCUACUCAAGUACUAUUUCCAGGAGAGAAAAUUCUUGAAAAUGCAAAGCAUUUCUCUGCCAAGUUUUUGAAGGAAAAGAGAGAAGCAGAUGAACUAAUAGAUAAAUGGAUCAUAAUGAAAAAUUUGCCUGAUGAGGUGGCUUAUGCAUUGGACGUGCCUUGGUAUGCAAACUUGGGUCGUGUAGAGACAAGAUUUUACAUUGAUCAAUAUGGUGGUGAAAGUGAUGUAUGGAUUGGAAAAACUCUUUAUAGGAUGGCGAAUGUGAACAACAACAAUUAUCUCGAGCUUGCUAAAUUAGACUACAACAAUUGCCAAGCACAACAUCUAAAAGAAUGGAGCAUGAUCCAAAAGUGGUACUCAGAAUGUAGAUUGGGAGAGUUUGGAUUGAGCAAAAGGGAUCUUUUAAUGUCCUAUUUUUUAGCAGCAGCAAGCAUAUUUCAGCCUGAAAGGUCUCAAGAGAGACUUGCAUGGGCCAAAACCACAGCAUUGCUUCAGACAUUUACUUCUUAUAUUAGGGAUGAAGAUUUGAAGAAAGACUUUGUUAACAAAUACAAUGACUACAUCAACCGGCGAGACCAUUCCAUUGGCUGGAGGUUGAACAGGAACAAAACUGGACAUGAUCUUGCUGAGACACUUGUUGCAACCAUAGAUCAAAUAUCAUGGGAUAUACUUGUCUCUUAUGGUCAUGAAAUUGGAUAUGAUAUGCAUCAAUGUUGGAAAAAGUGGCUUUCAAGUUGGCAAAAUGAAGGAGACAAAUGUGAAGGAGAAGCUGAGCUUUUGGUACAAAUAAUAAACCUAAGUGCUGGGCAUUUGAUUUCUGAGGACCAAAUAUUCAAUCCACAAUACAAGCAUCUUCUUCAACUCACUAACUCUAUAUGCCAUAAGCUCCAUUGCUAUCAAAAGGACAAGGAACUUAAGAGCAGCAGCAGUAAUUUGCGGGAAAACACCAUCACCCCAGAAGCAGAGUCAAAAAUGCAAGAACUUGUAGAAUUGGUGUUCCAACAAUCUCCAAAUGACAUUGAUUUCAAUAUCAAGAAUACUUUUUUCACAGUUGCAAAGAGUUUUUACUAUGCAGCUUUCUGUGAUUCUAGAACCAUCAACUUUCAUAUUGCCAAAGUUCUGUUUGAUAAAGUUGUUUAAUCAAAUUUAAUGCCUUGAAUAUGUAUUAUAUUUCACCAUUAUUGUACAUAAUUACCCUUGAUAUGAUGCUGC